CUAUUGCAUUUGCCUAUUGUCUAGCACAAAAUUAACUAGAAGCAUGAAGGUGUUUGUUUGUUUGGUAGCCUGUAUGUUGUUAAUGUCUAUUGGAGUUAGCAUGGCAAAUGACGAAAUGAUGGAAGACAACGGACAAAUGCAUGAGCGUGUAAAAAGAGCACCGUGUUGGCAAAGAAAAUGUACUUUUAACUUCCAGUGUUGUUAUGGCUAUACCUGUUCAUACAGAAGAUGUGUUCGCAAGAGAGGCUAGUUAAUGCGGUUGUCAAGUCUUUACACGUCCUAGCAAGCAUACAAGAUCCAUAAAAUAUAUUGUUACUUUAAA